UUCUCCCAAAUUUUUUAAUUAACCUUUCCGCCAAAACUUCCACUCUGUCAAUCUGCUACCUCCAGUUUUUACACCACUCCCAUCACUUUUCGCUUCUAUUUCUUUCCACCCUGUCAAUCAAUUCAAAAGGAAACUUUUUUCAAAAUCCUUAAUUAGAUCCCCGAUGGCGAUCCUGUACGCGCUAGUGGCGAGGGGAUCUGUGGUGCUAGCGGAGUUUACCUCGACGGCGACAAACGCAAGCGCGAUUGCUCGGCAAAUAUUGGACAAGAUACCAGGCAAUGAUGAUAUCAACGUCUCUUACUCUCAAGAUCGCUAUAUUUUUCACGUUAAACGCACCGAUGGCCUUACCGUUCUCUGUAUGGCCGAUGAAACCGCCGGCAGAAGAAUUCCCUUUGCGUUUCUCGAGGACAUUCAUCAGAGAUUUGUGAGGACGUAUGGUCGUGCAGUUAUUACAGCUCAAGCUUAUGCCAUGAAUGAUGAGUUCUCAAGAGUUUUGAGCCAGCAAAUGGAGUACUAUACUAACGAUCCUAAUGCAGAUAGGAUAAAUAGACUGAAAGGUGAAAUGAGUCAGGUGAGAAAUGUCAUGAUUGAGAACAUUGACAAAGUUUUGGAGAGAGGUGAUCGCUUGGAAUUGCUGGUUGAUAAAACAGCUAACAUGCAAGGAAACACCUUCCGUUUCAGAAAGCAAGCUCGUCGUUUCAGAAGCACUGUAUGGUGGAGAAAUGUUAAGCUUACGGUUGCUUUGAUUUUAUUACUACUAGUGAUCAUCUAUGUUGUGCUGGCUUUUGUAUGCCAUGGACUUACACUACCUACGUGCCUAAAGUAAGAGCAGCAGUUGAGUGAGAUCUGAUGUGCUUUGUGCUUGUAUUUUUUGUUUAUUUUUCCUAGUACAAGGGAUUUUCUGUUUGAAUUUUUUCUCUUCUCAAAGUUGUAUUAAAUUUUCUUCUUUUGAGCAAUGUGAAGCACAUGAAUUAUCCGGGUGUGUUCACACAUUGUGUAUCAGACUGCCCUUGUGGAAACAAACUGAUGCAAGUUGUAUGUCUAUUUAAGCGUUUGAUUGAGUUAAUAUUUAUGAAGUGCAAAUGUUUUGGUGUCCAA